CAGCUCCACCACUAGAGGGCGACAUGUAGAGUUUCCUACAGCAGACAGGACACGAGUGUUUCCGGUCCUAUGGUCCUUUCAAAACAAAGGUCGCAGCAUUGGCUGCUGUGACGCGAAAAAUUCGGCCGCCAUCGUGGAAUGUGGAUGAGGAGCAUUUGACAACAACAACAGAAGAUAACAAGGAUGCCGGGCUGGUGUUCGGCGUAUUCCUGCUCUAAUGAGCGGACCGUCCGAAAUAGGAAUCGGGGGAUUACUUUUCACAAGUUUCCCAAAGACAAAGAUAUGAGGAAGAAGUGGGAAGUGGCUUUGAGGAGGGAAGGAUUCACUGCAAGUCAUCACUCGGUUGUCUGCAGUCAACAUUUUAAGCAGGCUGAUUUUGACAGGAUGGGUCAGAUUGUCCGACUACGUGAUGGUGUUGUUCCAUCCCUCUUCAGCUUCCCGGUUCACCUCCAAAAAUUGGUAAAGGGCAGGGCUACGUCUACGUCCAGAAGAGCUGCAGAAAGCCUGUCUGUGCUCUCUAAGGAUUCCCCACAAAUGGCAACUUCACACCCACAACCUCAGCCUAAUGAUGAUCACAGCUAUGCCUUGCCUGCUUCUCCUACAGCUCUUAAGGCCAAAGUCAAUGAACAUUUGGCAAGACUGGAAAGUCUGGAGCGAGAAAAGAAGAAUGCCAUGUCCAGAGAAAAGAGGGCAAAGACCACAGUGAAGGGUAUUUUGGAGGAUUUGAGGGAAAAGAACCUCAUUAAUGAAGAGCUCAGUGAGAAGCUUUCACUCUACUUUGGUCAGAGUGGUUCUCAAGUACAGACACUGCGACGGAAACCUGUGCAUUAAAGUCACCGAUAAUGCCGUGUGUUUACAGUACAAGACGGACCAGGCCCAGGACGUGAAGAAGAUCGAGAAGCUCCACGGGAAACUGAUGAGACUCAUGGUGUCCAAGGAGACACACAGUGGUUCCAUGGAGACAGACUAAAGUGCUCCAGAAGCAGCUGGACUGAUUUCAUCGGGCACAGUGGUUGUUGAGAGCACAGCAUCAUCACAGUGCAAUGUGGAGUCUGAGAGAUGGGCAGUUGUACAGAGGGAAUGUGGCUGCCUACACUGAUUUAAUACUGUCAGAGAUGGGAUAUAUAUACCGCAUAUAUUAGAUAUACAGUAUACAUUCAAAUCUCGCAGGGGUUUUUUCAUACAUUCUUCAGUGUAGGCUGCUGGGAAAUUUUAGGAAACCCAGAGGUGGGAAGAGGUGUCGUUGGGGUAAAUGCGAGACAAAGUGUCAAGAAGAGCAUCAAUCAUCCGCUGCAGUGUAAGCAGCUUCGGCUCCUUGAUUUCUUUAGAGGAGUUUUUUUAUUUUGUUUUUAGUAAUAAAGAGGACAAAAUCGACGGGCAAUGAAGUCAUUGCAUGCCUUUUCUGUUUACAUCGGUCGUUUUUCCUCAUGGACUUAUGCCACACAAAUGAAGCAGGAUCACGUCAUGUGACAGUGUGGAGAAACCCCGACACCUCCACAUGCCAGUCUGUUGUCUGAGAUUCAUAGCAUUAUGUGUUCAAUAAAUGUUUAUUUACCCCAGUGCA